AUGGCCUCGUAUCACUCACAAGCGCAAUCUCGCUCUGCUCACCAAGCAGUCAACGCUGUCUCAAUGACUGCCUCCGCGCCAGCUGGCACCUUCGUGCCAGGCACCAAAGUGCAAGUAGGCAACCACCGAGUGGUAAUUGAAAAAUAUCUGUCCGAAGGUGGAUUCGCACAUGUAUACGUCGUCAAACUCCCGCACCCCGUUGACGGUGUGGAAACCGCGGUCUUGAAGCGAGUGGCCGUCCCCGAUAAGACAGCGUUGGCGGGCAUGCGGACCGAAGUCGAAACAAUGAAGAAGUUGAAGGGCCACCGACACAUCGUUACCUAUAUUGACUCCCAUGCGUCACAGCUGAAAGGUGGCGGAUACGAGGUCUUUCUUCUUAUGGAGAAUUGCCAAGGAGGUGGCCUUAUAGACUUUAUGAACACUCGUCUGCAACAUCGUCUGACCGAGCCGGAGAUUCUGAAGAUAUUCUCUGAUGUAUCUGAAGGAGUGGCAUGCAUGCACUAUCUCAAACCACCACUCCUGCAUAGAGAUCUCAAGGUCGAAAAUGUUCUUAUAUCGCUGUCGUCGGGCAAGUCGCCGUUGUAUAAACUAUGUGAUUUUGGCUCCACGGCUCCUCCUCGACCGGCCGCCACGUCUGCCGCAGAAGGCAGACUGAUUGAAGACGAUAUCCAACGGCAUACCACAAUGCAAUACCGCAGUCCCGAGAUGAUCGAUGUUUACCGAAAGCAGCCCAUCGACGAAAAGAGUGAUAUUUGGGCACUCGGUGUUUUGUUAUAUAAGCUGUGCUAUUAUACGACCCCGUUUGAAGAUGUGGGCCAGAUGGCUAUUCUCAAUGCUAGCUAUAAGUUCCCAUCAUAUCCGAACUUUUCUGAUCGCCUUAAAAGGCUCAUUGCCUCAAUGUUGCAAGAAGAUCCUCGAAAACGGCCGACGAUAUAUGGUGUUUUGAAGGAAUCGUGCAACAUGCAAGGCAAAGAAGUUCCAAUACGCGACAUCUAUGCCGAGCGUACUCAGUCCGAAGCCCGCCGUAACCAAGAACUGCCUCCGCCUCCUCCUUCUACCGAAGUACCACGCGUGGGUGCUGUCUUCUCACCUCCGAUGCAAGAGACCCAGAUCAUACCCGAAAUAGCACCGAUGCGAAGAGGUCGUCCGUCGAAACCUUCAUCGCAACAAACUUCAGCGCAUCCAAGUCCUUCUCCCUACCGCGCGAAAUCAAAUGACCCAUUUGCCACUCUUGAUGGCAAGAGAAACAGCCAAAAUGCAGAUGAACUCGCGGCUCGAUUUCCAACCCUCGAUCAGUUCUCCUUGCUACAUGAAAAGGGCGACAAGUUUGAAUUCGAGCCGACCACCGACAAGAAACCUGAGGCAGAUGAUCUUUCUCAGCGGGUAACCAAUGCACUGGCUGAUGAUGCAUUCGUUAAGCCUGCUUCUCCCUACUUGCCGACAAAGGAAGAGGUAGAAAGCCAUAGAGACGUUUCGGCAUCUGUUGCUGAACAAGCACAGAAGCGUCGAUCCCCCAGUCUCAAAGCGGAAGAACCGUCAUUACGAAGAGCCUCUUCUCAGCGACCAACCAUGAUAUCAACUGGUACAAUGACAGAAAGCCCGCCCCCAGCAAUUUCAGAGAAUCGAACAUCUAUAAGUCGGCCACCUUCGAGUCGCCCAAUCUAUAAGUUUCCGCCUCCAUCGCAAGACCGGCAACCUGAACGACCAUGGACUAGUGAAACCGACAGGCCAUCAACAGGUUUAGGGACUGUGCCUUCUCAGACGACUACGAUACAGGUGGUGGAGCCUAAAUCCCGGGUGUCAUCUGAGGACAACUCACGGUCUCAGAGCUCUACUCGACCGUCUAUUGAGAUGUCGAGACCUCCAUUCCGUGACUUGGACGAUGCUAUGAAUCGUCCAAGGUCUGCAAAUUCUCGUGUUCGACCUUCUAGCGUGCAUCUUGGGGGAAGGUUUGACCCAACAUCUUCGAGAGACUCGAUGUUACGUAGCCCUGCUCUGGAUGCGCGGCGUCCGGAUUAUGAAGGUGGAGAGCCACUGAAGCAUGCCCGGACGGACGGAGAUUAUGAUGGUGAACGAGGAAACAUAACCUCCGAGGUAGAUUAUCUACGAGCGCGUGAGGAAGAGGAGGCUGCUCGAAGGAAAGAGAAACGUCUGAGCGGCGGGUCAAAACACGUCAAACGCUCGAGUUUAUCAUCGCUAGCGAUUUCAGGAAAGGGUCUUCUUGCGGGACGAUUUGGCGAUGCUUUUCGUCGGUUUGAACAGAAUACUUCAGACAACAAGAGUCGCACUCCUUCUCCGAGUGAGGUAGACAAACAAUUGACUCCUAUUGCCGGGUCUGAGGCUACGGAUGACCGAAGUGACGAUGACGCCCUGGGCUCAGAGGCAACAGAUAUAUCUCCUGAAAUGAGACGAGAGUUGGAACGCAGGCGGCUAUCACAAGAGGAGAAACGAGUAGCCAACGCAGCCGCGGAGUAUCGACUUCGAGUUGCGGGACGAGGAACUGGGGGACGAGAGGGAACCAAAUCGCUAGUCAUUCAAAAUAGAGUCCAGUCACUUCUUCAGGAUAACAGUCGACCUGCACCUAAGACUGCGUCCGGAUAUGGAAAAUACACCAACUCCGAGUCAGACGGGCCUGCACAAGCAUCAGAGUCCAGUGAUAGAGAAUAUGCGCCGCGAUUGCCUACCAGACCUAAACCUCCACCAAAGGAUAUCAGAAGCACUCCGUCUUUGACAAAGAUCAACACCCCCGGCGGCUCCGCUCAGCCCACAAAGGCAACCCCUGUUGAGACAAUACCCUCACAACGCACGGCUCAACGGCCAGUGGCACCUCCAAAGCCCAAGAAACUGCAGACCGGAGGAAGUCGUUCAGAUGAGCGUGUUCCUCCAACAUCGUCUUCCGGAGCUGACCCAACAAGUCCUACGGAAGACUGGGAGAAAAAUUUCAGUCGACGGUACCCAAGUCUUUCGGGGCUUGAAAUGGUUGAGACCGAGAUUGAUGUUCCGAAACUAUCUUCCAUUCGCACGAGAGAAAUAUAA